UCCAAAGUUUACCUUAUAUGGCUCGAGCCGGGCCACUAAGGCGGUAUAAAAACCACGCGCCCUCCACGAGCUGAUUCACUCUGAGCGUCGUCACACGCAGCUCGUGCGGGAUAUCAUUUACCUGAAACCAGUUUCCCUUAAAGCGAAAAGCCCCCCCCACCUUAAGUUCAGCCAUGGAAGAUGAAAUCGCCGCACUGGUUGUUGACAACGGAUCCGGAAUGUGCAAAGCCGGAUUCGCUGGAGACGACGCCCCACGUGCUGUCUUCCCCUCCAUUGUCGGCCGCCCCAGACAUCAGGGCGUGAUGGUCGGCAUGGGUCAGAAGGACAGCUACGUUGGUGACGAGGCCCAGAGCAAGAGGGGUAUCCUCACCCUGAAGUACCCCAUUGAGCACGGUAUUGUGACCAACUGGGACGACAUGGAGAAGAUCUGGCAUCACACCUUCUACAACGAGCUGAGAGUUGCCCCCGAGGAGCACCCCGUCCUGCUCACAGAGGCCCCCCUGAACCCCAAAGCCAACAGGGAGAAGAUGACCCAGAUCAUGUUCGAGACCUUCAACACACCCGCCAUGUACGUUGCCAUCCAGGCCGUGCUGUCCCUGUACGCCUCUGGUCGUACCACCGGUAUCGUCAUGGACUCCGGUGAUGGCGUGACCCACACAGUGCCCAUCUACGAGGGAUACGCCCUGCCCCACGCCAUCCUGCGUCUGGAUCUGGCUGGCCGUGACCUCACAGACUACCUCAUGAAGAUCCUGACAGAGCGCGGCUACUCCUUCACCACCACGGCCGAGAGGGAAAUUGUGCGUGACAUCAAGGAGAAGUUGUGCUACGUCGCCCUGGACUUCGAGCAGGAGAUGGGCACCGCCGCCUCUUCCUCCUCCUUGGAGAAGAGCUACGAGCUGCCCGACGGACAGGUCAUCACCAUCGGCAAUGAGAGGUUCCGUUGCCCUGAGGCCCUCUUCCAGCCUUCCUUCCUGGGUAUGGAAUCCUGCGGUAUCCAUGAGACCACUUACAACAGCAUCAUGAAGUGCGACGUGGACAUCCGUAAAGAUCUGUACGCUAACACUGUGCUGUCUGGUGGCACCACCAUGUACCCCGGCAUCGCUGACAGGAUGCAGAAGGAGAUCACCGCCCUCGCCCCAUCCACCAUGAAGAUCAAGAUCAUUGCCCCACCUGAGCGUAAAUACUCUGUCUGGAUCGGAGGCUCCAUCUUGGCCUCUCUGUCCACCUUCCAGCAGAUGUGGAUCAGCAAGCAGGAGUACGAUGAGUCCGGCCCCUCCAUCGUCCACCGUAAAUGCUUCUAAACAGACUGUUCCUCCUCCCCUUUCCCCAACCAAAAUGCCCAACAUUUUCAGCUCUGUGCAAAACGACCACACAUUCAUACAUACUCGAGCGCAGGGCCUAUGACCAGAUCAUUGGCAUGGCUUCGUUUAGUUUUUGGCGCUUGACUCAGGAUUAAAAAGAAACAAAUAAAACUGGAACGAUGAAGACCGUAAUGUUUUGGCAAGGUUUAAUAAAGCAGCCCAGCGAUCUGUACUUGCAUCCUGGGACUUAAAAAUGUACAUGUUUUUUUUCUUUGAGUCAUUCCAAAUGUCUAACUGCAUAUGACACAUGAUUCCAAAUGUUAACUGCAUUGUUCAGACACGUAUUUGCCUCUGUGAAGGCUGCCCAGUGGUUGGUGCAUACUUAACAUGGUGGUAGUAUCGCUUGUAUGUAAAUUAUGUCUGGGUUUUUUGUACUUUCAGCCUUAAAAAAAUCUUGGUCCUUUAUUUUUUUUUGUUAUGCAAAUCCCAGUUGUGACCUGUUCCACCGCCCCCUGUUGGCUGUUCCAUCCAUCCCCCAGGGUGGUGGGGUAAGGGGUCUAGAGGUGAUGGGGUAAUGUGGGGUGCCAGACAAAGUACACUGACUGUCCCAAUAAAGUGCACAUGUGUUCAGACCAGAA